AUGCAACAGCCGUCAUACUUAACAAAUAAUUUUCAAAACAUACCCGCGUCAAUAUUGUCUCUCGAUCAAAACAAUGUAUUACCGGAUUCAUCUACCGCUCACAUUCCCGUGGCUGCUGGCGGGCCGCCAUUACUGCCGCACUUGGUUAGGGGCCAAAAUAUUCAAAGUGGUCCUUACACAAUCACAGUCACCAACAGUAUGGUGAUAGAACGCGAGCGUCAAAACCAAGAAAUUUACCGAUUUUGGUUAGCGCAGCAAAGAAGGAACUUAGGUGGAACUCAAACAGACGAAGAUUAUUUUGCGGAAUUUAAAAAUUCUAAAUUAAGGAGGAAUUUUAUAACUAAAGUUUUCUUUAUAUUGUUCCUACAAUUUUUAUUCACUGCGCUAUAUAUAUCUUUUUUUAUGUUUCACCCACCAGCUCGCGAUUUCAUAAAUCGGUACUGGUAUUUAUGGGUUAUAGCAAUGACGGUUUUUCUGUGCUCGUACUGCAGUAUAUCGAUAACAGAUUGCGGAAGAAGACAAUCCGGAUGGGGCAUAACGUUGUUGCUGCUUUUAACACUAGCAGAGUCCCACUUGGCUGCAUACAUAUCAAUACGCUUUAAUGUGGAGUUGGUGUUGAUAACGUUCGACUUUACAAUGUGGACUGGGCUCCUGAGUAUUGUAGGCGUUGUUGCAUUAAUGUCGAUAAUUAUAAUAACCGUAACGUUAAUGUACACCAAAAUUUCGGUGGCUAUCACAAUUUUCGGCGCUAUUGGUGCUUUGAUUUUUUCUCUGUAUCUGUACUUUGACGUCCAGACGAUAAUGGGCGGAAGAAAAAUCCAAAUAUCCCCAGACGAAGUUAUCUUCGCUACAACUCAACUCUAUGUUGAUAUUAUCGGGCUGUAUCGUUAUUUAUUGCUAGUUAUUGGAGGAUCUACUAGAAGUUACUGA